GAAGGUUAUCAGAUGGUACACGCGCGAUCAUGUGCUUCGUCUCUCACUCUUUUGAAAGCAAAAGCACUUUUCUAGGGCAGUGACUAGCGACCUCACAAAUUUGUGGGAUGGUCUGACUCUGAAGUGAGCAUCGAUCUCCGGGCGACUCAGAGAAACCGGCGGUCAGGUAGUGGAAUAUACAGUCGCCGGAGUUCUAAGCCAUGACGUCGGCAGGGGAGACAGCUUCCUCCCGUUCCUUACUCGACAAGCCGCUGCACCAGCUCACGGAGGAUGACAUUUCUCAGCUCACGCGCGAAGAUUGCCGCAAAUACCUAAAAGAAAAAGGCAUGCGGAGACCGUCGUGGAACAAGUCGCAGGCGAUUCAGCAGGUAAUCUCACUAAAAACGCUUCUGGAAGCGCCGUCGGAUUCGGACGCCGCCGUAGCCCGGAGGAAGCUCUACAUUCCCCGCCCUGAUAAUCCUCCUCGUGCUGCUUCUCUUUCUGCCGUUUCAGUUAAGGAAACGACAUCGGAUACUGUGAUUUCCGUGCCGGCGGAGGAUUCGGUUACAUGUGGUCAUCCGGAUCCACCGGAAUCUGAUCCUUCCGGCGAUAUUGGUGGCCGAGAUGUAGCCGUCAAGGACGACUCUGUUUCUCCUAGAGCCACCACUCCAGCGGAAGAGCCGGUUGGACAGAUGACAAUUUUUUACUGUGGAAAAGUAAAUGUCUAUGAUGAUGUGCCUGCUUGUAAGGCACAAGCAAUCUUGCAGCUUGCUGCUAGCUCUCUUCCCUUUCCUCUGGAAAAUGUAGCUGAUCAAAGCACAACACCAUGUUCUUUUCCAUGUCACUUAUUACAGGCUGCAGGUCCCAAAGUAGGCCCUGGUUCUCCUAUGGCUACCUUACCAACACCACAAACAGUAAAACUGGCAGAUAACUGGCAGCUACCCAGAGUUGAAAUCAAUGUAUCUCAUGAUAACGGCCUUGGUAAAUGCUUCCUUCUAGUCAUCUUCCAGAUCAUCAUUUUUUUUUUCUUUUUUCUUGUUAGGUAGAUAAUGAUUAUAAGUACUCCUUAUAUAGAUUCUGUCCUUUAUUCUACAUAUGGGCUCAAUGCCUCUGCCAUUUGUUUUCUGUUUGUUGAUUAAUGAUAAGAAAAAUUUGUAUGCCUCUUUUAGCCCUUGCUGGUUAGAUACCAUGUACUCCCUCUGUACUCAAUAAUUUUAUCAUUUUUUCAUGCAUUGUGUUUUGUUUGGUUCCUUGUUGGUUUUAACUUCAUGUUUUAAAGUGCUUCUUCACAUGAUUGUAGCUAAAAUGAUAAAUACAAUCAUUAAGUGAUUUGUGCAUUGGCAUCACAUCUCUUUCCCACCAAAUUGCAAAAGUUUGAGGAUUUUUUGAAUUUGGAUGCUAAGUUGGUUACAUCUUAUUGACAUGUAACUAAACUCUACAGGAUUAACUAAUACAGAUGCUGUAACCUGAACACCACAAAAUACACUGUCCAUGAGAAACAUGAAUUUUAGUUUUCAAUUGAUAAGGUAGCCAUUUGAAUAUCGGUUAAAAAAUGAGUGAAAGCAAA